AUGAUUAUUUUAUUAUUACUUAAUUCUGUAAUUGCAAACACACCAGAAGUCAAAUUAAACGUAGAGAAAAGUUAAUCUACAUCUUUCCUAGCUAUUGUUGAUUAAAUUAAAAUUUUAUAUGAUGAUCCAUCAUGCUUUUAAAUUGUAUUAUGGAAAAGAAGUGAUUCUGAUUUUCAUAAAUAUUAAUUUACAGAAUAGGAUUAUGAUACAUUAGUAUAGGAGGAGCAUAAAUUAUAAGGAACAUCAGGAUGUACUCCUAUUCAAAAAUCCUUUUAAAUUGUAUAAUAUUUGAGAAUGGGAUUACCAAGCAAUAAAUAAGUUUUUUAUACGGAUUUGAUUGUUUUAUAAAAUAGAGCUUUAAUAAUUAGAAAUGACUUUACCUUACAAGAAGUUAAUAUUGCUUAAUAGUAAUUCACUAAAACAUUAACUCAAUAAAAAUUGAAGAUUCCUAACACUGAAACAUCUCAUCCAAUAUUCUUAUGGAAUAGUAUUAAUAAAAGAGUCUAUAUUAUAUCAGAAAAUGGAGGUAUCAGCAUACCUGAUUGGAUGUAUAAAUAAAUAUUAAUAAUUUGUUAGAUCAAUUGGAGAGAAUACUUUUUUUAUGAAUCCAGAACCAUUUUAAAUAAGAAAAAUAGUUUAUGAUGCUUUUCUAUAAAAUAACAGAAUCUAUGUAGCUUGUGGUAAAGAGGGAGUUGAUGUAUAUAAUUACUAAGAUGGUCAAUUGAGACUUAAUUAAAAUAUAGAUAAAAUUAAUGAUAAAAAAUUGAAUGCUAUGGAUAUAAGUGGCGAUGAUUUGAGUAAAAAUUUAUUUAAUAUUUAAUAGAUCUUUACAUUCUUGAUUAUUAUUAUGGUUUAUUAGUUUGCGAUUAUGAUUUUAAUAUCAAAUUUAGAGUUUCAAUCUAAAGGGGAAGUGAUUUUAGCCAUUUCAAAAACACCUUUUUUGUUAUUGCUGAAUCAUAAAAAAGAUAAGAUUAUGCAAUAGAAAUCUUUUUAAAUUUCACAGAUAACUCUUAUUUCAUAAACCAUUAUUACAUUGAUGAGAUGAAAUUUUAUGAUGUUAAAGUUUAUGAAAAAUAUGCUGUUUUAAUAGGAUAUGAUGCACAUAAAGUAAUUUAGCAUUCAAUCUACUCAGAAUUUAUUAAAUUUUCAAGUAACAAUUUUUUUGAAUUUCCUUAAAUGUUAUCACUUAAAUAAUGGAAUGAUUCAAUUAUAGGAUUGUCUAAAAGAGAACUAAGAUUGCUCCAAAUAAACUAAUUAUCUGCUCAUAUUGAAUGUGAAUCAAAAGAACAAUUUUAGUAAUUUUAUUUAGUAGCAUAAUACUUUUUGAAUUCCUCAUCUCCUUUCAUAGCAACAAGAAUUUAAUAAGUUUUUGAAAUUGACAUUUAAGAUACUAAAAUUUUAUCUAAAAAUAAUUUAAUUUUAUUUGCGAUUGCUCUUCUAAUAAUGUUUAUGAUAUUCGGCCUUUUGGUGAUUGGUAUAAUAUGCUUCAAAAAAUUCAGAGAUCGAAUUUUUAAAUUAGAAGAAGAUAAAACCUCAUUAACUAGAUAAGCAGAAAUAGACAAAGAUGAUGGUCCAGGACAAGAGCUUGCUGGUAUUUGAAUUGUUGUAUGUGAACUUAUUAAUUAAAAUAUUU